AUGCAAUCAACAAGUAGUGCGGCAAAUUCGUAUCAAUGGCUUCAUUCCUCGUCUUCAUUACAUAAUCCUGAGGUUGCAGGAGUCGGAAUGGUGAAUAUGGAAUAUCCAACCACAGGAAUUUACUCUUCUGGAUUUAGAGACCCGGAAUCUGUUGCCGAUAUGGGAAAUUCGUGCUUCAAUCAAGUUAUGUCUCAUCAUUCCUAUCACAAUCAUAACUCCGAGUCUAACAUUUCAACAAUCAUUCAUCCUUCACUUGAGCAUGGAUAUUCUCAACCAGAUCCCGCUAUGAAUCUUUCUCAUAUGAGUGGAGGGUAUUCAGCAGAAAAUGGCUCCCAUGGUCUCCAUUCGUUGUCUUCAAUUGCAAACCAUUCUUACUAUCCUGAGUACGAAUUUGCAAGCCAGCCUCCAGAUAUAUCUACUCCUUGGAUGUAUUCCUCUCUUGGAGUGUCCGAUACAUGUAUUCCGAAUAAGGAAAUAUCGACUUCUGCUGAGUUGACAACUAUUGCAUCAGGUAAUGACUUAUAA